ACGCCGCAUUGGCAGAUAUAAUAACUCAUCCCUCUCCCAAACAUUACACAGAUACAGAUACAACCAGAUACAGAUUCUCGCUACAUUGAACAAGUUAUGGCUCCGGUCUACGAGACCUCUUUUUCCAACGCAGGACUCGCUGCUCGCGAUGUACUCGUGCGGCGAGGGCUUUCAGUCGACCACACACAAGCAGUCACGCUGGGGAUCAUCGGCGCUUACGUUGUGGUGAUUGCGCUUCUAUGGAAUCUCCCGUAUGUGAGAUGGUCAUUGUGGCCGUUCAAGAUGCUGGUGAUUGCCUUCCACGAAUUCGGACACGCCAGUACAGCCAUGUGCACGGGCGGGCACGUCCAUGAGAUCAAGCUCGACCCGCGCGAAGGGGGGGUGACGCAUCUGUCGGGGGGGAUCAGCGCGAUCACCCUCCCUGCUGGAUACCUGGGGUCAUCGCUGUUCGGGGCGUUGUUGAUAUUCUGUGGGUUCGAUAUUGUGGCGAGUAAAGUCGCGAGUUUCGUGCUCGGGGUUUGCUUCCUGUUUACCCUGUGGUGGGCGCGGAGGGACUGGUUGACUAUCAUGACUGUCUUGCUGGCGGUGGGGUUGCUGGUUGCUUGCUGGUUUAUUGACCAUGCAGAGCCUUUGCGAUUUGUUGUGCUCUUCAUUGGUGUCAUGUCUUCUCUCUACAGUGUGUGGGAUAUUUGUGACGAUCUCAUUCUCGACAAGGUCAACAAGUCCGACGCCAGUCAGUUCGCCAAGCGGUACGGAGGAUCGUCACGCUGCUGGGGUAUUGUGUGGUUCUUCAUCUCGCUGAUCUUCAUGGUCAUCGGCAUCAUUGCAGGCAUUGCUGCCUUUCCUGAAUCCUUCAGCCAGCAGGAGAAGGAUUCGUCGCAUUUCAUUCCCACGCGGUGACGUUACGACUUAUGACAAAACAUUCGAUUGAUUAUAGCUGUUAUCUGAUAAUGAAGUAACUAAGCUAGUGGAUCCUCUAUCCUACUUACCUCGGUAGUUAUAGUAUUCAGUCGCUACCUACCUGCUAGCCAAUGACAUCCUACAGUCACUGCUUGUUCUAGAUCGUGAAUCUAUCGGAUAGAUACCGGCCAUCGGACUAGGAGAUGAUCUCUAACUAACUAAUUAGGUUGAUUACAAGCUGGAGUCGAUUCGCACGUGGCUUCCCGAGGACUAUUAAUGAGCUAUAUUACGUUUAAAUUAAAUCUCAAGCCAUACUCC